AGUUGCCAUCUCCACCUUGAUGAAACGGGAACUUCCUGCACGUGUGGUGGGCUAGCUACGCAUACGUAGGCCUCGGGCAUGUCUCGGGUAUGGCUCGGUCUGCUGACUCUGCUCACAUAUAUUUGAAGUAACGAGAUGCCUCCAUCGAAGAAGUCUCAGGUUCGAGUAAUCGAUAACGAUGGCUUUGUCGUUGGGUCCAUUGACACCACCACCAGGCCCCACACCUACUGGUUUACCACCAGUUGUGAUCACCGCUCCGUCCAGUUCCACAUUUACUAGUACAUCUGAUACCCAGUCCAGCACUACAAGCAGCUCUAACACAAGUUCAUCAAACUCGUCCCAGAAAGGGCUUAGCCCUGGAGCGGGAGCUGGGCUAGCAGUUGGGAUAGUGUUUUUCUUGAUAUUAUCCGUACUGUUGUUCUACAACUUGAAGGGACGAUACCAGAGGGCUCAGGAGAAAGCCGAUGAUGAGCCUGCCUUUGUGACGACGGAAGUUAGUCGAUACCUUCCCCCUCAAACUGUUGCAUCCCGAGGGAGAAACACUCUACCUCCAUCUCCACCUCGGUUGGAUACUGCGUAUCCAGCUUCAGCUCAUAUCUCGAGUGCCACUCCUUUAGGGUCCCAUCAGAAUUCAUACCCUAUACCUGCUCAGAACCGCCACAGCACAUUGUCGCGGGCGACAGGCCCUCAGCGAAUAGCUACGCAAGAUGUGCCUGCUCUCCCAAAUCCUCACGACCCAUUCUCAGCACCCGCUCGCCCUGCAUCAUACUAUUCUCGAGCAUAUUCAAUACCCCAUAAUGCCUCGGCGAGUCCUGCAGUGAUGGCCAGCUUUGAUUUACCAGCGGUCGGUAGUUCACGCAACUCCCAGUCUGAACACCAGCUUUCGGCGCUUCAUGCAGAUAUGGCUCGACAUCAGAAGGAACUUGAACUCGAAUACAAGAAACGGAGUUUUGACCAGGCUCAAGAACUGCAGGAGCCUCCACCACAAUAACCUUCUUGAGUGUGCGUCAUGCACUAUACAUUGCGAUGAUCCAAUUCUUCCUCACUUUGAAUUAUUUUUUCACAUACUCUGAUAAAUGUUUAUGUAAAACCUUAGACAUAAACAGGACAGAUUUGUACUAUAAAGCUCGUUGAUCAAGGCCUCGGCAGCUAACUCGUUCCAGUCCUUUGUAGUCUCUAUUCUCCGGUAGUUUCACGUUGCCAAUCACCUCCUAGGACCUACUCUGCUGAAGAAAGCUGGCGUCUCUCGUAGAUCACAUGAUGUAACAUCGUAACUCGAAACUCCACAACACUAGCAAGUCACCGGGUACGUACUUGAACUCUACAAUAUUACGGCAUAAGUCAACUCUUAUCGCUACGGCCGCUGAC